CGCGUGCGCGGGCAGCGCGCAGGCGCGCGGGCGGGGCCAUCGUGACAUCACGCGGCUGGCGGCGCCGCCACGAGCCCGCCACCACCAGCCCGAGCCUGCGACCACGGCGCCGCCGCCGCCUGGGGCACCCAACACCGGUAGCUGCACUCACUCGCCUUCCCGGUCACACACUUUACACACAGUGACGCGUUACACGUUUCCGUUCGACCACCGCGAAGGUACCAUGUACCAGUGUUCAGAUUAUGUGCGUCCAUUGGAUUUGGUCGACAGCUUUACAUAAGCGGAUUUACAUAAGCUUGCCGAAACGCCCGAGCUGGUAUGUUAAGACGGUUGAAAACGUGUUCCAAUCGGCGUCAGAUUUUAGAUGAGUGAGAGACAAAAUCAGGAAUGCAGUGUUCGGAAGUUGUUGCUCGAAACGUGAAGUGAUUGUUAAGUCGCAAGUGUUCGCUGCUGUGUGCAAGUGAUAUUCACACACAGGGUGACAGUUAGUGUUCCCAGUGUGACGGAUAUGGUGUAGCGCAUGGAAGGCGCGCCGGCGCCGGCGCCGGGCCCGCGCCAGUCUCGUCGCGGGCCCGCGCCAUUUGCCUCCUUCGACCACGACGUCUCUGACGAGGUGAGGCAGGCAUCGAGCCCUGAAUCGAAGCAGACGUUCCAAUUGCCUGAAAUCGUUGAGGACACGGCCGCUUCUCCUGGCGGGACCCUGGCGCCCCCGGAGCAGCGCGCGCGUUCGCACUCGUCGCCGGCUGUAGCGGGAGCAUUGGGCGCCGCGCCACGCAUCGACAUCUCCCGCGCCUCCAGCUCCAGCCACCACGACUCACGAGAUUCGUCGCCCGAGAUGGCACUGUUCGCGGGCACUGCCGAAGACGCCGAUACGCGUGGUCGUCUCGAUAUCGGCUUUCGCGAGGACGGUGCGGCCGAACUGCGCUCGUCUACCGAGGAGCUCGCAUUUUUAGAAGGCGCCCCCGGAGAACCUAACCGCACACAACAACCGCAACCGCCGCCUCUGCCGCCGCCUAACACGUCCGUGUCACGUCGCCACUCGCGUAAGGACAGCCAAGGCUCGGAGGCCGCCCUCCUCGCCGUGUCCGGCCGAACGAGCCGUCUGUCGAGCGUGGGCUCGCAGUGCUCGGCCCACUCGGCUCUUUCCGGCUUCAGCGCGUCGCGCGUGUCCCGUCUCUCUGUCGUCUCGGGCAUGUCACGGUCUCCUUCGCCACACAAAAUGCUCCUCGAGACGUCCUUCUGCGGGCCGAAGCCAAUAGAGACCGAUCCUGAAAUUUGCGCCGCCGCUGUUGAAGAGCGGCUUCUGGAGUUAGUGCGUGCGACGGACCCCGCGCCUGCGCCCGCGCCCGCCAACACGCGUGACCGCCGCGAGGUGCGAACCGAGGUCACCGUCGAAAGUACAAGCACCAGGCCUGCUGCUCCGCGCGCACCCGCACCCACGCCCGUGCCCACGAAGCCUGUGGCUACAGAACCUACGGUAGUCGUUGCAAUUACCCCCGCCGAAGAAAAGCGGCAAAAGGAAACCAGAAAUCAAGCUCGGGCGGGGCGCUCAAAAGAGCGCUCGUCCGAACCCGAGGUGUACAAGAAUAGAAAUCGCUCCAAGGACAUUAUCAGAAUAAAGCUCAAACCAGAUUCUGAUUAUGAGGAUGAUGAUGAUGAGAGUGAGCACACGUUAGUGGCGGGCGAGGCGCGUAAACCGGCUACACUGGAGCUAGCGGCAGGGCGCGCGAGUCCCUCGCCCCAGCGGCGAUCUCCCUCGCCCGCCGGCGGCCCUACGUCGCGAAAAUCCUCCUUCUGCUCACUGUUCAAGUCGCGUGAGACUAUCGCUUCGCCGGAUUCGCCGUCGGGGCUGCGACGCAAGAAAAGCCUCACGGAAGGCCGCUCGCGCAGCAAGAGCCGAGACCGAGACCGAGAUCGUUCGACAACUCCUUCCUCAGCCGGCAAGCUGCGUGGCUCUGUGCUGUCGUUGUUUAAAACACCACGCCGCAGUGGCGCGUCGCCAUCGCCGGGUUCUCGCACCGGUUCGCGUUCCUCCUCACCCGGGCCUCCGUGCGUGCCACCACCUGAUCGCUCGCGCCGCAGUUCCGAGAAACUAAAGUACUAUGAGGAUGGUGGCAUUAUUCACAUCCCGCUGCGAACGCCGCCAGACGAACGGCCCAGCUCGAGCGCUCGCCGACCAGGCUCGGAGCCGGAUGCACGCGUGGAGAUUCUAUCGGAGCCGGCGCGGCCCGCCUCGGCCCCACACCCGCGUGAGCGCCCCGAACCACUCCCAUCCGUAUCCUCCGUUCACGCGCAAAAACCUGUCCACCGCACGGUCCUGCCCGACGGCAGUAUCAUCAUCCCGCUGCACUCCCCUACCGAACGGACGGCCCCGAGGGAGCCGGAGCCACCCGUCACCACACCCGCACCUGCACCCGCGCCGGACUCCGAUACGGUAACCCCAGAUUCGCGCCGCAGCGUCGCCUCCUCCGAGUCGCGGCGCAGCGUAGUAACGCCUGACUCACGAGUCGGCACCACUUCGGAGUCAAAACAUGUAGACGAUAGCAGAAAUGGUGACAUGCGGACAUCAAGUUCGGACGAGGGACGAGUCGAGGUAGCCCCUGAGACGGCGCCGACGGCUGAGCGUCGUAAACAAAAGCUCGUGUUCACCACGCACGUUGGCAGCCGCGAGCAAGUAUUCAGCACACAAUUCAGCAUCACCAAGACGCCGAGCGUCACUAGUGAGAUAUCCGAGUCACUACCCAGCUUUGAGCCGAACCUGCCCGAGGAGCAUCCGCCGCUGAUACGCGACACGCACAUUACAUGCGCCGAGCCGGCGCCUUGCCCCGCACCUCCAACGCCAGUCGUGAAAUCCCCGCCCGGGAGUGAUGCAGAGCGUGCAUCGGUCGGUUCGCGGCGGUCGCUCGCUGAAACCCGCUCGCCUACGCGCGGUUCUUCCGACUCGGAGGGCAGUUCGGAAGCAACACCGGCGCGCGGCGGUAGCGACGUGGAACAGCGAGGUCUAGUGGUCCAGGAGUCUUUUGAAGACGAGUUGCCUUACGUGCCGACCACCCUGCCACUGGAGCGUUCGCUGGCGCUGCCCAUGAUCCCGGUCCGCGAGCGAGGCUCACGGGUGACGACGGCGGGUACGCGGCGCCCGCGCGCGCCUCCCGCGCCGCGCAUGCCGGCUCCUCCUCCGCCGCCGCCGACGCCCGCAGCGCCGACGGGCGAGAAGCUACGCAUCAAGCUGCCUCGCCGCCCGCGCACUGCUUCUGCAAGUGGACCGCCGCGUCCGGAACGGCCCAGAACAAGGAGCGGAGGAGACGGUCCGCCAGAGUCCCGCGCGAAGCCGGAAUGGAUCGACUUCGAAGAAGUCCCAGAGCGGCGCAAACAGCCGAAGCGGAUCCAAACACUACCAGCGGCGGCCGCGUCGGAGGCCCGUGACGUGGUGUUCAGCUACGUCGAGCCCGAGGAGUGCCGCUGCGAGUGCCAUGCCAACGCGCGCCAGGAUGACGAGUUGCCGUUGCUGACGGGGCCUUCUGACUCGCAGGAACUCGACCUCAGCUCGCCAGAAGGCUGUUCAGUAGAGCUGCGGGUAGCAGCGCGGCCGUUUGUGGCAGACUUCGAUCUACGCGCGCCUGACGUCGAUCCACCGCCCAUAGACGCCCCAGCGCGGCCCACCUCGCGGCGCCACUGACGCGCGGCCCGCACUCGCGGCUCGAUGCUCACUGCCCGCUAGGGGGCCUCCUUCUAGCCCUUAAAGAGUUUUAUACUUAAAACAAUAAAGCCUAGACGAACAAUUAAUCCAGUUUAACUUUGCCAUGUGAUUAAAGUCUCUGAACUCUAUCAGACAUCUCAAAUUCAGAGACGGUUCAUUCAUAAAGUAUCAAGACGCUUGUGCAAACACCGAUGUUUACAGGUCACGAAAAUCUAUCAGAUUAGACUGUUCAGAACUAAAAAAAUCUACCAGGGUUAUAAAACGCGAAUAACCACUCCAUUCGUUUGUUCGACUAUUUGCCCCUUUAUCGAUCUCUCGCAUAUGUACUUUUGAGAAGUAUUCGAAAAUUGACUAUUUUUGCGGAUUUUCGUAGCCAUCGACAAAAGUUUUGUACGGUGCUCUAAAAAUCAGAGCCAAUAGACAAUCCGGCUCUGAAUUUCAUAUUGUGAUAGUUAUUAUGAUUUGCCUUUGGAUGGAUGGUAUGAUGAACAGAGAUGAGGGUAUGUACCUACUUAUGUUAUGGCUUCAAUUCAACAAAUCGGUUCCAUGGAAUCAAACUUCUAGUCUUUAUUGUUGUAAGGUUUUAUAAAUCAUAUUCACUAUUGACUCGAAGCGAGUUGUUAUCAUUUUUGAGAUGUAAAUUUACCCCGUUCUAUAUAUAUUUAUAGCGUCGUUUAUAUCUCUCCUAUUAGCCACCGUUGACCUUGCAUUUUUUGAUGUUUAUUGACUUGUUCGGAUGUAUAUUGCGGUUGUUAUAGUACGUGUAUAGUGACGUGGCUCGGCGCGUGAAUGUUUGUUUGCACGUCACCUAUGUACCUGCCGCUAAGGUGCGUAUAGUUUCAAAUGGUUUCCUUGGCCGAAUCUCAUCUUAAAUCUUGAGUGAAGAUUCGACUACUAUACAAAAAACGCCACUGACGCCACCAACUGCAUGGUAUUGGCAGCUAUGGCUAAGGCCGAAGUGCUUCGACAUAUUUAAUUGAUAUCAGCGCUAUAUGCGACAUAGGUAAAUGUAUCUAGGUAAGUAUGUAACCUUUAAUUGUUAAAACUUAAACUUUUAUAACAAUUAUAUUAUCAACUGUCUAAUAAUUUCUCUGGUGGUCUAUGUGAAAUAAGCCGCUAACAUAAUAGUUAAAAUAUCAAAGUUUAGAGCUAGAUAGGAGUAAAUAUUUCACAGAUCUAAUAAUAUUUAAUUAGCUCAAUAAUUUAGACGGCGCGAUUCCCGUCAUAGUGAUUUGACGUCUUUGGCGCUCAACAAAAAUGCUCAUGUAUUUGCACAACUACGCUGCUUAUAUUUUUGCAGCUUCCCACACCAUUUAUUGAAAUAUAUGAAAUAUAUUUUUGAUCAGAUUUGGUCAAGGAAACCAUUUGAACUACAGCGGCGAGGACGCCGGCGCGUGAAUUGUAUUUUCUCUUUAUGUAUAGUGUAUAAACAUUGCAUGAGUACAAAGACAUUUCAUUAAAGACCUUAUCUCGUUGGAUUAAGGUUCUUAUAUCCAUAAGUGUCUUCGGAGGUGCGAACGUAGCGCCGCCGGCGCUCCUGCGUCGUUUUUGGGUGUCAUCACGGAUAUAACAACAAAAGCUAAGGCCUUCGGCACACGAGGCGUAGGCGUGAGUGGCGCGUGUUACGAGGCGUAGAAUUCUGGGUACCAGGCGUCGCGUAAGCGUGAUCGUUGGUUGUAUGUAUACAAGUUCUUCACGCUUACUGAGAUAAAAGUAUAACAAAAACACACUUAGAAUCACAAAAAUAAACUUAAUCCGGGGACAAGGAGAGUCAACUAAUAGGAACAAAUUGACUUUUGCAAUUUCUAUUAGUUCUUGCAAUUUCUAUUAUCUGUUUGUUGAAAUUAUAUUUGGGAUUAGCUGUUUGUAGAAAUAAAUAAACUUUACAGAAAUAGUGAAACGUCCAUAAUUAUUACUAAAACUUCAUUUUUUCCCCCCUACAGAACUGUUUUUUAAUUCCAGGUGAUGAUUUUUUUCUCAGUGUCUCGUAAUGACGACUGAGAUUUCAUACGCUAGGUACGCUACGCCUACGCUUCGUGUGCGGACUUGUGUGAGAUUGUACGUGCUCUUAGCGCUCUCGUUCUACCAGCGUAUUACACCACACUUACGCCUACUACGCCUUGUGUGCUAAGGGCCUAAGUAUAAGAACAUAGACAAAAAAGCAGUAGUUUGGUCACUGUAAGGUCUUUUAUUAUCUACAUUUUCGUCGAACACUGUCACACUGCUGGGAGGGACAAAGAAAUAGCAUAAACCUAGGUCUGUCCCUCUGAGCAGAGAAUGGCCGGUUACAGACUAGCGUUUUAUACGAGCGUACGCGUACGCGCGUGUAAUCUCGUAUAGAAUAAAUGUAAGAAAGUGUAACGCGCGUGUAAGCUCGUAAUGCCGAAACGACCGUAUACGCGCAGAAAAAUACGGUAUUCUACAACCGGGGCUGUUUUGUAAUCAAGAACUAACAUUUAACGAAUGUACAGGGCCACAAAGCGCCAUCUACUUUAGGUGUCAGCGGUAAUAUUUUUACCUUCACCAGAUAUACUAAAUAAGCAUUAUUAAGAGCUCGAUCGAUUCAUUAAUAGGCCUUGAUAAAUACAAUACAAUGUAAUGACAAUAUCCAAUGUGUUCGCGAAAAUCACAAACUAUUCUAUCUAUUUAAUACCUGAAAUGUUUACAAGUUAAUUUUUUUCGUAUUCAAUCUUUAUAAUAUACCUACUUCUAAAUGAGCAUAAAGGUGAUGAAAGUCACAAUAUUCUACAUCAGCCGUUCUCAAACUUUUUUGGUGACGGAACCCUUUUGGAAAGCGCAAUAUUUGACGGUCCCCAAAUUAAAAAUUUUCGUUCGUCACUGUGGACCAGAUAUACCUAUAGAAGUGCUGGUUCUUUUCUUAUUAUUUAGUAAUAAUAUAGUAUUUUCGCGGAACCCCAACAGAGGCUUUGCGGAACCCUAGGGUUCCGCGGAACACACUUUGAGGAUAGCUGUUCUACAUCUUAGGGCAGACGUUCAGCAGGCGUAUUAUGGAUGGCUUUCUCCACGUGAUAAAAUGACCGUCAUUUUUUAACACCGCGGGAUUGAAGUGACGAAUACAGUUUUAUCACGCUAUCACGUAGACAUAGCGAUCAUCUCCGUGCAGAACUUUUAUUGCUGACUUCGUGACAAAAAAAUCUUCGUGCCUCCCUUUAAUGGUGUGGUACAAAAAAAUCGUCAGGAAGGGCCCUAGCCCUAGAGUACAGUUAGUUGAUUUAAAUUUGUUGUUAUAUCAUGUGAAACACCCUUUAGCUCAUAGCUUCUUCGUUGUAAAGAUAUCACGUCUGAUCUUGUACUGUCUGUUCCCUGUAAGAGUAUUUUUUAAACCUAGAAAUCAUCAUGGCAAAAAUGAGUGCUCGGCAAAAUUCGACCAAUGUGAUACGUCAACAUUUCUCAUAUCAUAAAAUAGCAAUAUAGUAGGUGCGUCACAAACGUUAUUUUAACGAGUCGAAUAGGCUCCUGGGCGACGUAACUUUUGACAUAAUAAUUGUUACAUUAUUAUGUCAGUAUGAACAAAAAAAUGUUAGGUCUCUUCAAAUUUUGAAAACCAUUUUUCGUCCACUUGUAGGUUUCCAAUAAGUGAGACGAAAUGGCAUAUUAGUGACAAUGAAAUAUUAUCAAUAUUAUGACUUCGAGCUGGCCGCCUAGCCAAGGUGACUAUCGCUAUCGCUUCGACAACGAAAAGCAUUAUGUAUUUCUAUCACUCUUCCACAUGAGUGUGACAGUGACAGUUGCGUUUCGAUCGCUACGGAGCGUUAGCUAUUGGCAUCUUGGCUACGCGGCCUGAUCUGAUGAUGGGGACAAUUCGCCAUUGAAACUGUGAUAAUACAACGCACCUUCGUUGAGUUUGGACUCUUAAAAUUGCCUCGAAAAAAAAGUAGUGCUAUAAAAUCUUGUACCUAAAAGUUGUAAAGCAUUAAAUUUUAGACCGAAAAAACUUAAUUUAUAAACAAAAUAACCAAAAACAAAGAUUAUUUUAUUUAUCACCAUUUUUGCCAUCAAAAUUUCUAGGUAUAAUUUUUGUCUAAUUUACGAAACGUCGCACACCAACGAUGCUCACGAACGAAGGAGACGGGUGCAUGUGUUCUCGCUCGCACGGCGAGCUUUACUUAGCGACUCGCAGUUAGUUGGUUUUAUUCAUGCAAUAAUAUGUAAUAAUGUACCUAUGUACUAAUGUUAAAGAGAUUCUAUCAGUUAGGCAAAAGUCUGAAAUGUAAAAUAUAUAAAUUUUUGCUUUCCAA